AUGAGAUUCCUUACCUCGCCCUGGAGUAUCCUGGGGAUACUGUCGCUCGUUCUGAACCACGUACACGCUGUCGCCAUCGACAUCGACAGCACCGACUCGAUCAAAGAUGCCGCCUCCGAGAUCGCCUAUGGCUUGAUGAAGUGGUACACCGGUAACAACACCGGUGACGUUCCGGGCAACCUGCCCGACCCCUACUACUGGUGGGAGGCCGGUGCCAUGUUCAUGAGCAUGGUCGAGUACUGGUACUACACCGGCGACGAGACAUACCUGCCGCAGACCAAGCAGGCCCUGAUCCACCAGACCGGCGACAAGAACGACUACAUGCCCACCAACCAGACCCUGACCGAGGGUAACGACGAUCAGCUCUUCUGGGCUCUGGCCGCCAUGACUGCCGCCGAGCUCAAGUUUUCCGACCCCGGCGACGAAGCCGCCUCCUGGGUCGCCCAGGCACAGGCCGUGUUCAACGAGCAGGCCGCGCGCUGGGAUGCUGCAAACUGUGAUGGUGGUUUGCGAUGGCAAAUCUACUCGUUCAACGCAGGCUGGAACUACAAAAACACCAUUUCGAACGGCGGUUUCUUCCAGCUGGCAGCCCGUCUCGCCCGCUAUACGGGGAACACGACAUACAGCGACUGGGCGGAGAAGAUGUGGGACUGGGCUGCCGGCACUGUGAUCCUCGACACUGACUCGUGGACCAUCAACGACGGAACGAGCGUGACGAAUAACUGCAGCACGGCCGAUCACACGCAAUGGACAUACAACUACGGAACCUUCAUUGUCGGGUGUGCCUUCCUGUACAAUCACACAGAGAACGACGUCUGGAAGACGCGCGCUUCGAACCUGCUGAAGACCACGUACUCGACCUUUUUCCCGGAUUACAUGACUGCCAACAUCUUGGUCGAGGUCACCUGUGAGCCGUCUGGAAACUGCGAUUACGAUCAGUCUUCGUUCAAAGCCUACUUGGUGCGCUGGCUUGCCCUGACAGCGCAGAUGAUCCCCGAUUUCUACGAGGAAAUCUACACCAAGCUCCGCGCGUCGGCGGCGGGAGCGGCCGCCCAGUGCUCGGGAUCCGCAAAGACAGCCGGCAACACGUGCGGCCGUGAGUGGAACUCAACAACAUGGGAUGGCACCUACGGUGUCGGUGAGCAGAUGGCAGCGCUGCAAGUCGUCGGUUCCCUGAUGAUCGACAAGGGCACUCUUGAUCCCCCGGUCACCUAUGCGACUGGUGGUACCAGUAAAUCUGACGGUAGCGCCGGAACCGGAUCGGGAGCCAGUAGCACGGAUGGUACCUAUACGACCUUGACGGCAAUCAGCAGCGGCGACAAGGCCGGCGCCGCGAUUCUCACCAUUGCCGUCGUCGUGGGCCUAUUAGGAGGCGCAGGAUGGAUGAUGAUGGGCGACUUCUAA